AUGGUUCAAUUUCAUCAUUUAAUGUUUUUUGGCUUGGCCAACGCCGCCAGUACUGCCCCCAGUUAUUCAGUACCGGCGACACAGCCAAAGGAUGCAGUUGCGAUAGAUGCUGCCCCCGUGGGUGCCUCAUUCGAGUUCUUUAUGUGGCCUUCGUACAUGACCAACAUUUCGUUGACUCGUCCUUGCAUCGAUCACUUUAACAAGAUUUACGGUCAGAAGAUGCCCAUUCGCAUCGGAGGAACCACCCAGGAUAGAGCGACGUACGAUCCUACCUUCGGGGGCUAUGUCUCGUACAAAGUUGAUGACCCUCUCGAGGCUCCCAUGAGCCUUACCUACGGCCCCAGAUUCUUUGAUCUAAUCAAGAGCUUCCAGAGUGAAACAAUCUUGGGAUUUAACCGUGGCUUGGAUAACAGGACCAACACCUUUGCUGCGAUCAUGGAAGCCAAGUCGAGGGUCCAGAAGUACUUGUGGGCUCUAGAGCUUGGAAACGAACCUGAUUUAUUCUACAAGUACUGGCAAUAUCCUGUUGCCGAGGCUCCUUGGAAUGAGACCCAGGAGGCGGCAGAUGCGGCCGACUGGGCACAAGACUUUAUCAAUCACUGGAAGAGCCCACUUCCUAUCCUCGCCGGAGGUGGAUAUGCCAUCCCAUUCGAAAUUGAGCCAGGGUGGCCUAAUUUGCCGUAUCUGGUCAACUCAGCCUACAAUCAGACUGUGAAGGAUGCCACCAAAGUGUACAAUGGACACUUGUAUGCCUUCUCCAAUGCAACCGGGGAUGACUUGGCGGUUGAGAUGACACAUCAGAGGACGGUGGACGACUUGAACCUUCUACCAAUCUCCACCGCGAGAUCGGUUGGCAGGCCCUACAUUCUCGGCGAAACAGGGUUUCACGGACUUGACUACGAAAUGGAUGCGACCUUUGGGUCCGCAAUCCAGGCAGUCGACAAGACCUUACGUGCAUUGUCGCUUGGCAUCCAGCGCUUGUUCUACCACCAGGGCACCAUCAACCAAGCCUUCUUCAACUGGUGGUUGAGCGAUCAAGCCAACGCUCCCUUCUACGGGGCCUACUUCGGAGCCCUUGCUGCAGCAGGAGGUGACCACAUCGUGGCAAGCGAUGAUGGCACAGAUCCGUACGCUCAGUAUAUCAUUUACCGAGAGGGCAGACCAUUGAAGCUUGUGUUUAUUAACACGGAUUAUUACCCAGGCAGUGGCUCGCGCUCAAAGACUACAUUCACAGCCAUAGGACUGAAGAAUAGCAACGUCAAAGCAGUUCGCAUGACCGCGCCCAGCAGCGAGACCAAGAUUCCCCUACAGCAAACCGAUGCUUCUCUUGAGCCCAGUAUUGGCGGUCAAACCUUUUCCAAUGAAAACUGCAGGCUUCGCGGUGCGAGGAAGAUGGAAACAUUGAAAAUUCAAAAAGGACAGCUGAGAGUAACUCUUGAGGCGUCGGAAGCUCUGAUUGUCUACUUGUAA